AUGAAGACCGUCGGAUUGCUGCUUAUCACAUUCGUCAUACUCUUGGCAUCAUUACCUCUUCCGACAAAAGCUAUCCGUGCCUGCGGAAGUAGAUCCAAGAGGGAUGGAGAAUCAUGUGAUGAAAGUAAGAUUCAGACUUGCUUGGACGUUGUUAAUAGUGGAUUAAAGAUAUCGACUGAAUGUUGUAAAAUUUUGAAAGAGCAACAAUCAUGUCUGUGUGAUAUAUCAUAUGUAACUAAAACCAGUAAGAUCAAGACCAAUGUCCUCAGCUCUCGUCUCAAGUCUUGUGGUAUUCUUAACCUAAGAUGUGGAAAUAAUAACAUCAAUAUGAUGCGAACAAGGAACCCACUGGUUGAAUCGACACCGUCGGUUGAAUCGCCGGGAGGGAGAAUCUGA